AUGUCGCGGGUGAGCGGCGCCGGGCCGGCCGGCAGCGCCAAGGAGAAGCGCUCCUUCAGCAAGCGGCUUUUCCGCGGGCGGGCGGCGGGCGGCGGCGCGGGCUCGGCCCCGGCCGCCACCCCGGCCCCGGCGCCGUCCGGGCGGUCGCUCGGCGGGUUCAUGAGCCGCGUGCUGAAGACCCUCUCCACGCUCUCGCACUACAGCAGCGAGCCCGAGCCCCGCGGCGCGCUCGCCCCGCGCCUGCCCCCGCCGCAGGCCACGAGCGGCCUGGGCAGCUGCUUCCCUCCGGGCCCGCCGCGCAGCCCCGAGCCCCCGCCGCGCCCCGCCGGCAGCUCCGAGGCCGUGCCCGGCGUGGCGGGGCUGCGCAACCACGGCAACACCUGCUUCAUGAACGCCAUCCUGCAGUGCCUCAGCAACACCGAGCUGUUCGCCGAGUUCCUGGCGCUGGAGCAGUUCCGCGGCGGGCCGCCCCCCGCGGACGGGCCGCCGCCCGCGCCCGGAGAGGUCACGGAGCAGCUGGCGCAGCUGGUGCGGGCGCUCUGGACGCUCGAGUACACCCCGCAGCACAGCCGCGACUUCAAGAACAUCGUGUCCAAGAAUGCCAUGCAGUACCGUGGGAACGCCCAGCACGAUGCCCAGGAGUUCCUGCUCUGGCUCCUCGACAGGGUCCACGAGGAUCUGAACAACGUGGUCAAUUCUGGUGGCAUGCCUCCACUCAAGCCACCUCUGGAGGAUGAUGUCCUGCUUGAGGGUCCAGCCUUUCCCAUCAGUAGCACUUUUGUGCAGGAACUCUUUCAAGCCCAGUACAGGUCCUCCCUGACGUGCCCUCACUGCCAGAAGCAGAGCAACACCUUUGACCCUUUCCUGUGCAUCUCGCUGCCGAUCCCUCUGCCCCACACUCGGCCCCUGUACGUGACCGUGGUGUACCAGGGCAAGUGCUCGCACUGCAUGCGCAUCGGGGUGGCCGUGCCCGUGUCCGGAACGGUGGCCAGGCUCAGGGAGGCCGUGUCCUCGGAAACCAAGAUCCCCACGGAGCAGAUCGUGCUGACAGAGAUGUACUACGAUGGGUUCCAUCGCUCCUUCUGCGACACCGACGACCUGGACACCAUCCACGAGAGCGACUGCAUUUUUGCCUUUGAGACCCCAGAGACCUUCAGGCCCGAGGGCAUCCUCAGUCAGAGAGGAAUACAUGUGAACAAUAACCUGAAUAACUUGAAAUGUGGCACUGAGCACUCCCGAACAAUAGCUUACUCUCAAGGAACGGUGAAGUCUGGAAAACUGGAACAGUCCUGUCCUAAAGUAGCAGCAAAUGACAAGAUUGUCUUGCUGGUGUGUAACAGAGCGUGCACUGGACAGCAGAGCAAAAGGUUUGGCUUGCCUUUUGUGUUGCACUUGGAAAAAACAAUUGCUUGGGAUAUUCUGCAGAAGGAAAUACUGGAGAAGAUGCAGUAUUUCCUGCGGCCUGCAGCCUGCUUGCAGGUUUGCCCAUUCAGCUUGCGAGUGGUCAGUGUUGUGGGCAUAACAUACUUGCUACCUCAGGAGGAGAGACCCCUCUGCCACCCAACAGUGGAAAGGGCAUUGAAAUCAUGCGGACAGGGGGGAACUGCUCAUGUGAAAUUAGUGGUAGAAUGGGACAAAGAAACUAAAGAUUACUUGUUCGUGAAUACAGAAGAGGAAUAUAUUCCAGACUCUGAAAGCGUCCGCCAGCAGAGAGAGCUUCAUCAUCAACCUCAGACCUGCACUUUAUCUCAGUGUUUCCAACUGUACACCAAAGAGGAACAGCUUGCCCCAGAUGAUGCAUGGCGAUGCCCACACUGUAAGCAGCUGCAGCAGGGUAGCAUCACACUGAGCCUCUGGACCUUACCUGAUGUUCUCAUCAUCCAUCUCAAAAGGUUUAGACAGGAAGGAGACCGAAGGAUGAAACUUCAGAACAUGGUUAAAUUUCCCUUGAGUGGCUUGGACAUGACCCCUCACGUUGUGAAACGCAGCCAGAGCAGCUGGAGCCUGCCAUCCCACUGGUCACCUUGGAGGAAGCCUUAUGGCCUGGGCAGAGAUCCUGAGGACUACAUCUAUGACCUGUAUGCUGUGUGCAACCACCAUGGCACCAUGCAAGGGGGACACUACACAGCAUAUUGCAAGAAUUCUGUUGAUGGCCAGUGGUACUGCUUCGAUGACAGUGAAGUUCAGCAACUUUGUGAAAGUGAGGUGUGCAAGCAGACAGCUUACAUCUUGUUCUACCAGCGACGCACAGCCAUCCCCUCCUGGUCUGCCAACAGCUCCGUGGCAGGCUCCACGAGCUCGUCACUGUGUGAGCACUGGCUCAGCCGGCUCCCGGGCAGCAAGCAGCCCAGCGUGGCCUCGGCCGCCUCCUCCCGCCGCACGUCCCUGGCCUCGCUCUCCGAGUCCGUGGAGCUCGCCGGGGAGCGCAGUGAGGAUGAUGGAGGAUUUUCAACUCGACCAUUUGUAAGGAGUGUUCAGCGUCAGAGCUUGUCAUCCAGAUCCUCUGUCACCAGCCCACUGGCAGUGAGUGAAAAUGGUGUCAGACCCUCGUGGUCGCUCUCUGCAAAACUGCAGUUCCGCUCCAACUCCCCAUCACGCUUCUCUGGAGAUUCCCCAGUACAUACCUCUGCUUCCACUCUGGAGAAGAUUGGGGAAGCUGCUGAUGAUAAAGUCUCCACCUCGUGCUUUGGCAGCCUGAGGAAUCUCUCCAGCAGUUACUUGGAGCCCUGUGACAGCCGGCGAGAGCACAGGACAGCUCGCAGAGCCCCUCUGGCUGUCAUGGAAGGGGCAUUCAGGGAAGAGUCCGUUGUAAGGACAUCCAGCUCAGACCUUUCAGAUGGCUAUGGGAAAAGCUCUGUGCAGCCAGACAGGAGUCACCCUGCUCUGGACCCUUUUGAUAACAACAAUCAAAUCGCCUUUGUUGACCAGAGUGAUUCUGUGGACAGCUCCCCAGUGAAGGAGGUGAAAGCCCCAGCUGGGACGGGGCUGGCUGCAGAGAAGGCACAUGACACCCCUAAGAAGGGUCACAGCUCCAAAGGAGCUUCUGAGCCAGACAAAAGUUUGAGGAAGGGAAGGACAGUCUUAGCUCCCCAAGAGACCAAAGUCUCUCACUCUUCUCCUCCACUGAAGAGUUCUCAGAAAGCUUCCCGCUCUAGGAGUAAGACAGACUCUUCCAGGGUCAGUGGGCGCCACGGGUCUCCUGCUCCCACUCAGGCUAGGAAGGACCACAGCACGAAGCCCCUGGAGGCAUCUGUCCCAUCAGCUCAACAGAAGCAGAAGUCAGGUUCCUCUCCAUCCUCCACAGCUGCCAAGAGAACCCCAUCAGGCUCAUUGACUAAGGGCUCUUCCUCUGGGAAGAGCCGGACUUCGGAGCGUAGCCUGAGCAGGGAGGGCUCCAAGGUCAGCCUGGGCUCGGAUAAAACGAGCGUUACCAGCAGCUCCAGAACGAGCUCCCCUCGCAUCAGCCACUCCAGGAGCGACAGCAGGGCCGUGGACAGCAGGCACGUGCGCAGCUCCUCCAUGGCCAACCUGCGCUCCCCGAACGCUGCGGCGCGCUCUGCGCUCAAGAGGGACAGCAAGUCCGAGGAGAAGGGUUUGUCUUUCUUUAAAUCAGCCUUAAGGCAGAAGGAGACACGGCGCUCGGCAGACCUGGGGAAGACAACGAUGCUUUCGAAAAAGACAGGGAGUGUCAGUUCCAAGUCAGGCACUAAAAACGUGCUGGAGGACAAACCAGAGAAAGGCGGUGUCCCCCCAGCCUCCCAAACCAACGCCAACAUCACUACAAAAGAAAAACUCGUCUCAAAAGAUGCCACAUCUAACAAACAUUCUCUGCUAUCCAGUCGCAAGUCCAAGUCUUCCCAGCUAGAUCCCAGAGUCCACUCUCCUCCUUCCAGUGGCAAGCAGUCUGCUGACAAGCCACUGAAAAAGUUACCUUCCAGCAUGCAGGUGUCUGUACGGCCUUCUCUGGAACCUCAGUGAAAUGCUGCAAUCCAGGUGUCUUUUCUUCUGCUGAGAAGCUAAUUUAUUCUGAGCUCUUGUUUUUUGUUCAUGUGCCUAAUGUAUGUUUUGAGGAGAAGUUAACUGCGAGUUGUCAAAGCGCCUUUGAUUCUGCCAUCAAACCAAAUAGCCACAGGCAGCCAGCACUGGUGCAAGUAGCCUAGCUGGAGUCAUUGUUGAACAUGAAUGCAGCUGUCCCAUAGCACUUGUACAGGAGUCUCUGUCGAAAGUGCAACAACUUUCUUCAGAUCUGAGAGUUGGGACCUGACCCCCAGCUGUACUGACACUGGUGUGCUUUGUAGAGCUGUGAACUGAUAUUCCUUUGGUCUUGUUGUGGGUGGGCUGUGUCCACACUGGUGUAUGGCCUUGUUCUGAGCUGUGGAGGAUGCGAAGGAAACUGUAGAGACUGUCGCUUCUUUCUGCUCUCAACUCUCUGUCCCUGCUCCCCUCCAUUUUCAAGCUUUCUAAAGGGCAAUAUUUCAACACUAAUGUUGUUUCUCAGGUAUAUACUCAGCCGGUAUAGGAGGGACUAGCAUUAGUGACAGACAGAAAGGUACCUGUGUGUCUGUGUAACAGAUUUCAUUUUUGCAUUCCAACAGCAGGAAGUUUGAAAUGUAACCUGCAGUUUUUGUUGCUGUGUCUAUGAAGAGUUUUGCUUUGUCCAUACCUAAGGCAACCUCUGCCCUGUCCUGUUUAACUAUUUUCUUCUGAAAUGCACUGCUAAACAACAGUAGAAA